AUGAACGUGCUCGGCAAGGACAGCUUGCUGAUCAUUAUCGGAUCGCUGUUCUCAGCCAUUUCGUUCUUGAUCUUGGCAUUUGCCACCACAACGCAGCAAAUCUUUGCCACUGCCUUCCUGGCGAUUUUCGUGGGCGUCAUCUCUCCUGGGUUCCGCUCAUUCUUGCCUCGAAUGGUGCCAAAGGAGCAGACGGCUCGGCUACUCACGCUAAUUAGUAUCGUGUUGGCAAUCUGCCCAAUCAUCUCGUCGCUGAUUUUCAACAAUCUCUUCAACUGGAGCAUCGACUGGUGGCCCGGGUUCAGCUUUCUCAUCUGCGGAUGCUGUCAACUGUUUUCGGCUGCUGGCCAGGGAUUUAUCCACCGUUUGAUGAAGCCGCAGUGGAAGUUGGACAAGGAGCUGCGAGACCACCGGAAAAGGCUUGGCCUCGAGCCGGAAGGGCCCGCCGAGCGAUUGGCACAUCCAGUGGACCCCGAAGAGCGAAGCGUGUCCAAUACAGCCGUCGGGUCGGAUGUAAAUGAGGAGCUGGCUCAGUCGCUGAAUGCA